GUUCUUUUGAAAAAAAUCAGCUGUUUGACACCAAAAAAAAAAUCAAAAGAGGAAAGAUUAGCUCAAGCUAAAUAUGUUGUAGUCUAAGUGAUAGGCUGUUGUUCAUUAAUAAAUAAUAUAAAAAAGUAUUUGUUGUAAUGUCUAUUUAAUGCUCGUCUAACACAGUAAUGACUUUAAAUGAUCAUUUUGGGGGUAAUUUCUCAGGCAAUGUUCAUGUUUGUUUAAAUGCGAUUAAUUAGAUAAAUUAAUCGUCACAUCAUGUAUUUAAUUAGCUUAAAAAUUUUGAUCGACUGACAGCCCUACUAUAAAUACAUGUAGAUACAUGUAGAUUGUUUUAUGACAGACUCAGUCCUUCUCAGCAUAGAGGAUACCAGGGUUGCAUCCUGGAGAGGUGUCUAUCCUGUUCCCUAAGAAGGGAAUGAAACGCAGCAUCAUGGCUUGAAGCCAUGGGAACACACUUCAGAGAACCAGUGUUUGAAGCACGCGUGAACACAUCAAUAUAUUGGCUAAAACAGGGUCAGUGACACUGAUGGGCAUCAGCAAAGGCAUCUACCUUAUGUACCACCAAGAUUCUAAUUGUCUGAAGGAAGACGCUGGGCAUGCUUGAUGUAUGAUGCACUGCAGCGAUCAGCCAUAGGGGUCAUCUAUGAAUUGAAGAUGAGUGUCAUAAUUGAGACACCACCAUUGCAGAAGUCUGAUUUGCCAAGAAUCACCACCCAUGGAGACCAGUUAAAGAGAAUAAAUGUAAAUGAACACAUUAAAAAGAACAUGCUUUUAUGUGACCUUGUGCAGCAGUGUGGAGGUAGAUAUCAUGUAUUUAAUAACAAAGACCUGGGUAACAGAGACCAGGUCUGUGUGCUGCUGUGGAAGAUAGAGAGAAUGGAGAAGGAGAAUAGAGGAGAAAACAGAAUGAAGAGCAAAGAGGAAGAACAUAAACAAACAAAAAAAGAAGAACUAAGACAAGAUACUGCUGCUACUAGUGGUGGUGCCACUGAUGGUUUUAGUGGUGGUAAUGCUGCUGUUGGAGGUGCUGCUGCUGGUGCUGGUAGUUGCACUACUGGAGGUGCUGCUGCUGUUGCCAGUGCUUCUAUUGGUGCCUCUGCUGGUGCUGAUGUGUGUGCUCCUGGAGGUGCUUUUGCUGGUGCUGGUGGUGGUGGCACUGCUGGUGUUGGAGGUGCUGCUGCUGGUGCUGGUAGUUGCACUACUGGAGGUGCUGCUGCUGUUGCCAGUGCUUCUAUUGGUGCCUCUGCUGGUGCUGAUGUGUGUGCUCCUGGAGGUGCUUUUGCUGGUGCUGGUGGUGGUGGCACUGCUGGUGUUGGAGGUGCUGCUGCUGGUGCUGGUAGUGGUGCUACUGGAGAUGAUGCUGCUGCUGCUGCUGGGUGGUGUUGCUGGAGGUGCUGCUGCUGUUGCUAGUGUUACUGCUGCUAUUGUUGCUGCUGUUGGUGUUCUGCUUUCAAUAAGUUUUUGUUGCAGAUGUUGGUGCAGAUGUUGGCUGGACAAUAUAUAUGUAAAUGCUUAAACUUUUGGGUACAUUUGUUGGCAUUACUGCUUUUGUUGGUUAUCUGAUGAAGUGUUUUCUAAACUGUUACCUGUAAAGAGUUUUCAAACAAUAAUGGUUUCCUGUAAUAAAAUGA